UUCGUUACCGGCACGUUCGUUACCGACACGUUCGUUCCCGGAGCCGGGCCCGCUGCUCUGCCCGCACGGCGGCCGCAGGGCCGGCUCGGAGCGCUGAGUGCUGGCUGUACUCGCUGUUUCAGUUCAGACUUUCCUCUCUUCCACUUUUACCCGAGAGAAAAGGGAGAAGCGUUGGGAAAGGAGGAAACGAGCAAAGCCGCAGUCAGCAGCCCCACAGAACAGCGAAAAUGAAAGGGGAAAGAUUUAGUGCUUUGCUUUUGUCUGCGGUUCUAAGAGCUGCGGAAACAACAGCCUGUUUCUGCAGCAAAGAGAGAAACAUGAUGCACCGCGCCCUGUGAUACUUAAUGUGCUGCUUCUUACCAUUGGGAGGAUGGCUGCUCUGCUCUGUGAGAACUGCUCCAGUCGGUACCAGCAGCCCCAGCUCCGCCGGCCCCUGGAGACGAGCUGCAUGCUGCUUCUGGUCAUGCUUGGGAAGGUGUGCCUGGAUCUCUUCAUGCUGCAAGUUAAGCACAAGAAAGUCAAAGUUAGUUUUAUGGGGUAUUUUUGCGUCUCGCUGGCACUUCUUGAUUUCAUCCUGCUGCUGAAUAUCGCUGUCAUCCUCUACUUGGAGGACUUUGCGCUCUGGGGUGUCAGAUUCACCACGUACCACAUUUGCCUGUUUACUCAGAUCAUUUCACUCACUUACGGCACUUUGCAUUACCCGGUGUAUCUCGUGGCAGGUCUGGAUUAUUACAUGAAUAUAACCCAAACCUCUCAAAUCCCCCGAAGAGGUCGAAGAUUAUUUUACAUUUUUAUUGUGGUUUUUAUAUGGAUCUCUGUAUUUUUUUGUAUUUUGAAAGUUCCCGCUAUCUAUGAAGAACUAGAAAUUCAGAACCAUUUCUCUCCUUAUCAGUGCCCUCUCUUUGUCAGCGUGCAGAGCUACUCUGUCUCGGUUGCCAUGCUGGUUCUCAUAGGCAUAGCUCUCAUGGUCUGCUGGAGGGAAUUGAUCACCAUGCUGCUGUCCAUGAGGGUUGCCUCCUUUGCCAACCAGUCCGUUCUGCUGUUCUCCUACGUGCCCAACAACAACAGCACUUGUUUCAGGCGGCAGCUUCUGACCAGACUCCUCAUCUGUUUUCUUGGUUCUUGGGCACCUUUUGUUCUUCUCCAGUUUAUCAUCUUGUUUCUUGGUGCUUGGGUUCCAGCCUACAUGGAGAUGAACGUCCCUUGGCUGUACUUCAUCAACAGCUUUCUUAUUGCAGUAGCGUACUGGUUUCGAUGUCACGAUGUUGAAUUGACAGAGGAGACGUGGUCUACAGAUCCAUUUGUCAGCUGGAAAUUCUGCUUUAUGCCAUUUGACAAUGAAAACACAGAGCCAGCUGAAAAGCCAGGCACAGUAAUUGUCAUCUGUUAACGAGCUGCUGACUGAAGAGACUGAUAGGGCUGCAUGUACUUUGAUGUUGUGACCAUGUCCUUAUAGAGAACUCAAGGAAGCAUCUCCAGAUCUACAAUCCACAGGAAGAAAAUCUAACAUUUAUGAGUGCAGUAAGGAACAACGCACCAGAACGUGGGAUGCUGCAAUGCUUCUACACUGGGCUUUAUUCCCAUUUCAGAGUACUUAAGAGAAGACCACUAUUUACAUAAAAUAAGUUCUUGGUUAAA